GUCUUCUUUUGUACGGGCCUGUGAUGCGUCCUCGGCUUUCACGCCUCCCAUUAUGUGUGUGCGGCGCAUUCGGGCAGCCGAUCGCCUCCCGAUAUUACCUUCUCACCGAGUUCUCCGAAGCGCCACCUUGACCGCCGUCAUGCCCUCCAUGGGCAUGCAGAUGGCCGGCUGCGCCCUGGCCCUCCUGGGCUGGAUCGGCGUGCUGAUCGCGUGCGGCUCGCCCAUGUGGCGCGUCUCAGCCUUCAUCGGCAGCAACAUCGUCACGUCGCAGAUUAUGUGGGAGGGUCUGUGGAUGAGCUGCGUGGUCCAGAGCACGGGCCAAAUGCAGUGCAAGGUCUACGACUCCAUGCUGGCCCUGAGCCAGGACCUCCAGGCCGCCCGGGCCCUGGUGGUGGUCUCCAUCAUCGUAGGGCUCGCCGGUGUUCUGGUGGCCUUCGCCAGUGGAAAGUGUACCAGUUUCAUCCCGGACAAAAGGGCCAAAGCGAGGGCUUCGGUGGCCAGCGGGGUUCUUCUCAUCAUCAGCGGAUUCCUCUGCAUCAUCCCCGUGUCCUGGACUGCCAGUAUCAUCAUAAGGAACUUCUACAACCCGACUUUGGUGGACGCUCAGAAAAGAGAGCUGGGGGCUUCUCUCUACAUCGGCUGGGGUGCGGGAGGGCUUCUGCUGCUGGGAGGGGCGCUCCUGUGCGCCAGCUGCCCCCCCAAGAGGGACGAGGCACCGUCGAUGCGCUACCUGAUGGACAGGUCCAUGGGAGCGUACAGCAAACCCGACUCAAUGGGCUCAGGCACGCCGACAAAAACAUACAUUUGAGACGAGUCAUGAAAAAGCUUCAAUAGGGAACAUGAAGGAAAAAGACAGUCGCUGUAUGACAUUUUUUUAAAAAUAUAUUCCGUUACUGUAUGUGUACAGGUGGGUGCAAAAGUAGGUGGACAGUUUUGAUUUUAAUUUGCUCAAAAAUAAAGAACUCUGUCAAAGUCUUAGAACUGUGUAGUUAGUUUUGCGUGCCUGUUGGAUGGACAGUUUACCAGAUUGUCUUCUUUUAUUUCUGUGAUUUAAUGUUCUGGGAGUCAGAUGUUGGCUUGAUAGUUACAGUUUCUCAUUUUACACUGUGACCUACCAUUUCGGGUAUUGGACGCUCGAUGGCAGUUGUAACUCUUUUCCUUCUGUGAUUUUAUUUACUGUGAGAACGUCGGAUGGACACUUCAGAGAUUUUACAACUGUACCUCUGAGUGUCGAACAUUGUAUGAGCAAAUGUGACAUUUUCUCUUUGUACAAAGGACCUCUGUAACCCACUGUGUCAAGUGACAUUGGCUUCCAAGCGAUGACAUGUUCUCAUUUUACUUCUGUGACUAACUGUUCCGGGUGUCAGACACCGAAUGGACACUUAUGACGUUUCUUUGUUUUACUCCUGCCAUGAAGGAAAAAGACUUUGGAUGAAGAUGUACGUUGUCUGGCAUGCUUUGAAGACACAAAGCACCAAGGCUGAUUUGUAUUUCUAUUCAGUAUUUCUUAAACAUAUUAAUGUUUGUCGAUGUUUCUCAUCACAGUAAAUGUAAUCUUUUGGUUCUCAC